AUGUCAAGAAGGCAACGAUUGAUAGGACUCGCAAGGAGCACUAGAGACAACUACAUCCCCAAAAUCACUGGAUCUGUGACCUCACUUGCGUCUGGUGCAUCGAAAGCAUUCACUAAUCCCAGAGAAGUCUACGAUGAGGAAGGCAAGGUUGUACUUCCAAAAGAUACACGAAUAAAAUUGUAUCCAACAUACACAAGAAAGCUAGAGAACAAGUAUUAUGUCGAUGUCGCAGGUUGGAUGUCAGCUCCUGGGGCAAUGAAUAGGAAAAAUAGAGUCAUGAUGUCUGUGAUCAAGCUGUUGAUGAAACGAGAUAAUCAAGAUGCAGAGCAACAAAUUGAAAGUGAAACUGCAUACCUCCCCGUGCAUCAAGUACAUCACAAAGAAAGUGACUCUGAUAACGAAUCGAUUCACUCGGUGGCAUCGGAUCAAAGCACAAAUUCAUCGCCGAAUUCGCCCACCUCCGAUGCCAUCAUCAAUGAGAGAUUGGCAGACUUUUUUGCUAAAUCGAUACCAAACACUGAAAUUAAAAUCACCAUUGGGUCCGAAAGUCAACAUGAAAAAGUGGCUCACGAACAAUUGAUGACUGAUGGGUAUGGCUACUUCCACACCACCAUAGAAGUCAACUACAAACCCUCGGUAAUAUUUGCUUCCUCAAUGGUUACAGAAACAAUCUUUGCAGCACAAAAUGUCAUGAUAGUCCCGUCAAAAGGACUAGGUGUUAUUAGCGAUAUCGAUGAUACAGUUAAGCUCACAGGAGUCGUUGGUGACAAACGACUCUUACUUCGAAAUUUAUUGUUGCAAGACUUUGAAGCAUGGAAAAUCCCUUCCAUUGUUAAAUGGUACAUUGAUCUUAGCAAGAAACGCGAUGUUAGUUUCUUUUAUGUUUCCAAUUCACCAUGGCAAUUAUUCCCCUCGAUAUCGGAAUAUUUCAAUCUUGCUGGAUUGCCAAAGGGCUCAAUACAUUUGAAAAGAUAUUUGGGUAGCAUGAUUUCGUCGUUGUUAGAGCCAUCACUGUCGAGAAAAAGAACAAUGUUGCAUAAGAUUCUCCGAGAUUUUCCCGAUAAAAAGUUUGUUUGUAUUGGAGAUUCUGGAGAGUACGACUUGGAAGCGUACGUUGACCUAGCGAUCAGUUAUCCUAAUAGAGUGUUGUCGAUCUAUAUUCGAUACGUCGAGAAUUCGUUAUCCAUUGAGGAUGACCGUCGCAUUUUGAGGGAAUUAUUACGACUACUAGCCAAAAGGAGAACAGAAGCGUCACGUACUGAUCAGGAGAGUGAAGUGGCAUCACUGAGUAGCCAGGCGGAUCCUCAUGAGACUGAAGAUGUUGACUUGAUUGAUUUGUCAGAUUCGCCGGUACUCCCACCAACUACUGCAUCACUGGAAAAGAAGAAACCCCCAAUGAAACCAAAAAAGCCAAGGAACUUACAAAGUAGCUCAAGUCUGCGUGAAAUGCCGUCAGAACCUCAAUUUAAGGAAGUUGCUGCAGACGCUCAGUCCAAGGGAUCCACUCGAUCAUCUCAACGUCGAGGAUCUCCCCCUCCUGUAUCUGCCCCUCCAUCAUCCAAUGUUUCUUCUGAUGGUAACCUGAUGAUUGAUGAGUAUAGACCACCGCUCCCUCCAAGACGAUCUAGAACGACGCUGAGGAAUGGAUACGACUAUGAUCCAGACAGCAUCUACGACUCCCCGGGAUUUAUGGAAUUGGAAGAUAGAGAUAAAAAGGGCGCAGAGUGGGUGCGCAGAGUAUCCACUGCGAUAACUGCUUUGAAAAAUACAAACACCCAAAUCCACAUAUUCAUGGAUAGCGAUGAUCAGUUUUUUGAAAGCAGUUGCAACAAAUUGGAUGAAGAUGUACGUGUUAAGUAG